CCUUUUGUCCUUGAUAUCGAAGAGCCCAUUUCGCGAUAUCAGCAGCCAUUUCGACCUGGACCACUUUCUUCACCGAUAAUCUUACCCUUUGAUAUUGGGACGACAAUUUAUAAUCCCAAGGAUGGUUCUGCUUUCCAGUUAAUAAGACCACUUGGAAAUGGUUCCUAUGCCGUUGUAUAUAUGGCACUCGAAAAGUCUACCAGAAAGUAUUAUGCGCUCAAAUGUCUAUCAAAGGCCAAUCUGACCGAUUAUCAACUAGACGUUCAGCGUAACGAGGUUAUAGUCCACGAACGCUUGAGGCACCCCAAUAUUGUGAAACUUGACCGUUACUUUGAGACGCCCGAUUGGCUUUUCUUGGUGCUCGAAUACUGUGAAGGUCAAGAUCUAUACUAUUGGCUGACACAAAAUAAUGACAGCAGGGAUCCGGAGACGGGCAGGUUGCUAUCCGAGACGGAGAGAAUGAUGCUCAUCAAACAAGUCUUUCUACAGAUUCUGGAUGCCGUCGGUUAUUGUCACAGUCGCGGUGUUGCUCACAGAGAUCUCAAACCGGAAAAUUUCAUUAUCAUGAUAAAUAAAGACGAGUCCGAUUGCAGCGUUCGAGUAAAGUUGACUGAUUUUGGGCUGGCCACCGAAGAAAUUGAAUCCACGGACUUUGAUUGCGGAUCAAAACCAUACAUGAGUUACGAGUGCCGCAAUCCCACUCAUGAUACCUAUGAUCCGCGCCUCGCUGAUGUAUGGUCACUUGGUAUCAUUUUCCUCAACCUGAUAUACCACCGUUCACCAUGGUCCGAUCCCAACCCUGAAGAGUGCAAGUCAUUUGCCGCGUUCAAUAUUGACAAACCUAGUUUCCUGAUCCGCCGUUUCGCGUCUAUGCCGAAAAAGGUUGCCCAUUUUUUGGCGAAACGCGUUUUUUGCAACGCAGAUGAAGGCCGUGUUAGUAUCAAGGAAUGGAUUUAUUGGUGCGCCGACAUGGUCGAAAGGAUGUUGCAGGAGGAAAGGGAUGAUUCUCAAGACUUCGAUGCGGUCGUUCCACAGCAAUUGUUGCAUAUUGCGCCUUCAUCUGUUCCCAACAAAAGUUCUUCUGGACGGAAUGGUCACGAUCGUAAUGAUUCUUGGUCAGAGGUGUUUGGCGAGUUUGACAACGAAAUGGAUUUCACCGUCCCAGUAUUGUUUGCUGAUAAACACGUUGCUACUGAUUCAGUCGGAGUGAAAUCAAGUAGAUUUAGCACCAAAUCUCGAGAAGAGGACAAAGAAAAAUACGAUGAGAGUUCGGUCGACACGAUCGCCAACAACAGCGAUGUCGAUUCUGGGUUUGGCACCGAUGAAGACAUCAAUACUAACGUUAUUAAGGGAGCGCGAGAGCGUGGGAAUGGAUUGGAUGAAAACGCCAGCUCUUCUAGAACACUUGUAUCCACGUCUCCACCCAAGGUUAUAUAUUGCAAGCCAAAGCCAUGGGGUGAACAUAAAGUUCGCGGUCAUCAACGAAAGCUAUCUACGGAUAACGGUUCCAACUCGGCCUCAAAUAAUAAUAAUAGCCAUUGGACCUCCUACAAUCAACGUAGGGAGCGUCUAGAGCAACGACGCAAAGACAUGUCCUCUAACCGACGUCGUGGCUCCUAUUCAUUAGGAGAGGAAACUUCGACUCCCCGUCCCAAUAUGGAUUAUGUGUCGCCUCGUCGACAAAAACCUCCGCGCCCUUCAAAUACGAACCAUGACAAGGAUUUCAAUCAUGCUCGUCAACCUGUUUCCAAAAGAGAACUACCGUCACCUCCCGCUCGAAAUUUAAAAAGCUCUCCGUCAAUCUAUGUUCCCCCGAUGAUCGGUUCACCCGUGCAAACAAAACCAUCCCCUGAUUCCACAUCACAGGUCACUAACACGGGACAAAGCAUCGCGACUUCACACAGAUCACGUGACCAUCAAAAGUCCUACGAGAAACCACCUAGGAAAGUCGCGAGGUCUACCAAGAAUCAUUUAGGUAAAAUGUUGGCAGGUGUGGUGAUGUUUAACCGUGGUGUUAAAGUCGGAGGACAAAACUAUGACAAUGUAUAA